UCGAAAACAUGCAUAUUAUUACUCUUCUAUUCAAAUUAAGACAAUGCAUAACACAACCACGUUGGUUUUGCAGUUGCUGUUUCAAGUGACAGUUUGUAACGUCCUGUUGACGACCAAAGUAAACCGAACUGUUUCGUCGAUCGAAUGUUCGUCACGUUUCAAUAUCCAAUUUUUAUUCAAGAAAGAAUCAUCGAACAAUGAACGGCUUAUUGCUGAGUGCGAUCACUCACUGCCAGGAUGUUAUCUUGUUGAUGGUUUAGGAAAAGAAUAUGCAGUGUCAUGGACUAAAAAUGGCGGAGAAAUUAUCAUAAAGGACAACGAAAAUGCGCGCGGUCGAUACACCUGUUGUGAAACAUCGGAUAAUCGCACAUGUAGCAGCACAGAGAUAGGACCAUCGAAAAGAGAAACAACUACACUUACUACCGAGCGGAAUGUCGUCUAUAUACAUAACCACUACUAUGGAGAAACAAAUUCGCCUGGAAGUGGUGGAAAUACCAGCCACGUAAUAGUGUCCUUUACGAUCAUCGUAGUGCUUCUCUUAGGUUUGGUGAUAUUGAUAUUGUUGCUACAAGCAAAAGGUCGCAUUACAUGUCCAAUGUGCUUCACGUUUUGCCGGCGCAAGUCAUCAGUCUUGAAGGUAGAGAAAUCAUACGCUUGUACGAAAUGCCAAGGGCCUGGUAUUGAAAGUGACUAUGCCGUUAUUCCUGAACAAGAUACAGUAGAUAGAGAGCUUAAAGAAUCGGAUGUACCUAAGCUUAAUGGCGCAGAUGGGCAAGUUUCCUAUAUAAAUAGCAAACUCUUAAGCACCCGUGGCGAUGUCACUGCUGAACAGCUUUAACAUGAUGAUGUGACUUGCGAGCAAGAAAUUCAAUCACCCGAUCAAGAGGAAGCGCACUGUGAAGACAACUAGAUGAGGAACGCAACGCAUUGGCCACAUGAGGAUAUGCAUUGUAUAGAUAUGACAUUCUUGAAUCUUGAAAUGUAAAUAUAGACGAAAAGUCGAAUAUGUCAACGUUAAUAUACUACUUUUAAGCUGUUAUGUUUUGUUUCAGAUAUGGAUCAUACAAAUUGUGUUGGUUUUUCUGGCAGAAGCAGUACGCAUCCGUCAUUAAUUAUCAUUAAGCGACUUCUUAAAAGUAAUUUUAUUUAUUGCUGUUUCAUAAAGGGUAGACACUUUUUCUUGUAUCAUUUGUUUUUAAUUAUUUGCGCUUACUUUUGUUUGACAAUGGAUUGAUAUAUAACGUUUUCUAAAUAGCCAUUGCUUUGUCAACGGCAACGUAUAAUGAAAUAAUUUGUUACUCUGUUGUUAUAAGACUAACAUACUAAAAGCAUUUUUAUGUAACUAUCACUUAAAAAUAAAAAAGUAGACACUUAUAAUUAUAUGUAUUCAGAGUUGGACUGGAUUAUCUGUGUUGUAUUUGAUACACCUUGACAAUCAAGAUUAAAUGCUUGAUUAAAUACACAUUUAUGGCAGCAAAAAACCCAUAAUAUGUCUAAUAAUCAGGGAACUGAGUCAUGUUUAGAUGACGUUCAAUAACAAUGAAGAGUCUUCUUAAGUUUUGUUUUUCAUGGGUAUAAACGGUACGUAAAAUGACUAUUACAAACACUACGUUGACAUCAUUUUUCGUUGGACACCAAUUUUCGGGGAUAUUGUGAUUGAACGAACCAAUGAGUAAAGUGCCCGAUAAAUAAAAGGUCAGGUAAUUUUAUUUAAUGGCGUCCUCGAGUGACUUUUAAACAUUUACACCUACACAAAACAAUGUCAAUUAACUGUCUUAAUUAGUGAAAAAGAUAUUUAAUUUGUGUUUAGAUUAAAUAAUUACCUAACAGGACGUGGAUUUCGUAUUUUACCACUCUAGUGGUAGCUAGCUUUGAAAAUUGGUUUAUUAUCAAAUAUCUUUGUUGGGGUCCAAAUAUUUUACAUAUCGUUUUCUGCGCCUCACACAAGGACAUGUCAAUCAUAAGAUACACUUCACAUAGUGUGGCACCCCUUUAAACGCGUGCAGAAUUGAUUUCCGCGAUACGCAACCCUUUUCUUUUAAAUUAAAUGUUGGAAAAUAUUAUCAUAUAAAUUCCCCCCCCCCCCACCCCCACCCCCGAAAAAACAUUAAAAAAAUAAUAAUGUUAUUUUUAUUCAAGAAAUUUCAUGCUUUAGAAUUAAAAUGGUUUCACGAUAUUUAAUUUAAAGUAACUAGCCUUGAUCUUUUUACAUCAAAAUCAUUGGGCGUUUUCAUUGUCUUUAUAGUUAUCAGAGUCUAAUUUAGAUUCUGGUAUGGUUUUAACGGGGCGGGGGCAUAAUAAUGGAUAGAAACUGAUUAAGGACGUACGCGGCAGUUUUAAUGCAAAUUUUGCUACACCUAGAAUUUGAUUAGUUUUGGUAUUUAGGUAGAACCAUCUGUUGUGGAUAGAAAAAUAAAAUAAAAAUUAUG